UGGCAGCGAACGUGUUGUGAAUGGAAGUACAUUUUUUUGUUCUAGUCUCCUGACUGCGCGUACUCGUAGUACUACGAAAUACUUCAAAUAUAAAAAAAAGUAACGGGAUAAAUAGUGAUGUAUUUGCAAGAAGUUUUGUCGUAAAUGUUUCCUUGUGUUUUCGCUUUAGCUCUGUCAAACGGGGAACUGAUAUAACGUAGUCGGCGAGAGAGCGCAUCGUCAGUAGAUAUUGCAUGAAGUGUGAGAAGAAUUCAGAAGAGGACAGUGGCUUGUUCGACCUGUGUGGACAUGGGGGGGCGAUGUGUCGGGAGCCUCGAGUCAUGAACUGGAGAUGAGUGAAGGCGGGAGCCAGGGUCCAGAUUCCCUGGGCUCUGCCUAUCCGGGGACGGGAGGUGGUGGGGGCGGUGGCUAUCAGCAGCAACCCCCGUCGCAGCCUCCGACUCCAUCUUCCACGGUCCAGGACACGGGCGGCUAUAAGGAUGACUUCUCUGGAGGCGACGUCAAUGGGGCAUCCAAGUCGUCCUCAUCUUCGGGUCUUCCGCCCUUCAGCUCCUUCUCUGCGGCGGAUGUGGCUGAAGGAUUGGGGUCCAGACUUUCUGGAGAUGCCUUUGGAGAGGGUUUAACUGGCCGGCUGCUGGACAUCUCCUCCUGGGACUAUUAUGAAGGCCUCACUGGAAGAUUGUUGGACCGUGGAGACGGGUUGCCCAUGCUGGUGCCGCAGCCCCAGUACCGCCCCUGGGAGAGCAAAGGCCCAGAUGGUUUUCAUCAUGAUACACUACUCAAGUCAAUUGCCCCGGCAGGACCCGCUGCCAUCCCUGCUUUCACCGAUUCCUUCUCCGGAUCUGCUGCGGCGAACAAGCUUCCGUCUUUCCAGUCGCAGUUCAAUGCUUUCCCACAAGAGCAGACAGUCACGGGCAACAACGGGGAAGUCCUCACUACCCUGACAGCCGCCUCGCCUUCGCCUUCCUCGUCGUCUUCCGGCCUCCCGAGUUUCCACACGUUGUCUGCCGUGAAUCCCCGCCCAGGUUACCCUCUGGUUCCUGCUCCUGUUCAAGCCAGAGAGAUUCCUGCGAUCCAAUUACAAGAUGCCUCCGCAGCAGCUGACACAGCUGCACCACAGCAACUUUCAGAACCCGAUGGGUGUUCUGGACAUCAACAAGAUGGGAGCUGA